AUGGCGGGACUACCGGACGAGGGCAAGCGAUCAUCGAUAGGGAAGGCCAACCGCUGCGGCUCCGCGGUUGAAUAUUUGCGCGUCCUCAGUAUUGGCGGUUGGCAGAUCAGUCUAGACUAA